AUGACUAACGCAACGCGACGCCGUAAAGCACUCGGCAUGAGCAGUAUCGCGGUGGCAAUCCUGCUGUCGGCGUGUACGACGACGGAGAACGGGAAAGUGAUGGAAGCCAACUCGAAUCUGACCCUCAUGCAGGCACAGGCCAAGGUGAUCGAAUACAUGACGGACACGAUCACGGUACUGCCGCCGGGCGCCUACUUGACGCGGUAUUCCGAACUGAACCAGAAGGUCACCCUCGAUCCGGGUGGCACCGUCCCGUGCAAUGACAGCAAUCUGUCGAAGGACACAUCCGUGGACUACGGCGUGACGUACUUCCUCACCUCAACUGAAACCGCCGACAUCCCAGGUUUCGGUGAUCCGAUUCGCAAUCUGUGGACUGAGCGCGGCUGGAAGUUUCGAACGUACGACUCGCUGGGGACUCGACGAGCACCGAGACAAUCUUGCCGGAUGGAUAUCGAAUGGUUCUGGAGGAAACGCGCCCGUGCAGAUCGAUCAACCUUGACCGGGCCCGCGUCCUCGUUUCCCGAGUUGACUGUCCUCGCUCGCCAAGUCGACGCCGAGGUCGGGAACGUUCGCGCCCGCGCAGAUGCUGGAGGUGGUGCAGUCAGCGUCGAGGUUGACGCGUACGGCGCGAUCACUGACUUGCAACUCACCGAGAGCGGUCUCCGGGCCGGCGCGGCUGCGCUCUCCGCCUCGAUCGCAGCGGCCCACCGAACCGCCUGCGUCAGCAGCGUCUGCCGCGCAAGAACUACGCGCCCCACUCCUCCUGGACGCGUUCGAUCAGGCGCCGGCCGCACUCAACCUCACGUGGUGAAACGAGCCGACCGCGCGUCGGUCGACGACGACCCACCCUUCGACGGCGGUUCGUUCAUGCGACGUGCC